AUGGCUCACAGAGCACGGCUGCCCCCCGGGGGGCAUGCAUCACCGGCGCCAAAAGAUCAAGGACAGCGGCCCCAGGGCGUCGCGAAGCACAGAACCAACCGUCGUCGCUCGACACGUCUCCAGCAGAAGCUGACUCGCGAGAGCUCCAACUCCGAUCAAUCGCAUUCAUAUCCAGCCAAGAAUACUACGAAACGACGCGUUGACGCACUCGAUCACGACAUUGACUCCUCUCCGAAGCGGUCUCGUCGAUCUCCCAAGGCAGAGACGACUCCAGACAGACCCGCAACAAUCAACGGUAUCACCCACGAGCCGACCGAGCCCACCAACCCGACCGAAUUUUGGGCGAGGCAGGGACACUGGCCGCAAGAAUAUUUUGAACUUGAUAUGGAGCACUUGCUUGCCCGGAAAAAGUCUUUAUCGUCACUUGGUCGCAAGCGGUCGAACUCUGCGGCGUCCACAGCAACGCCUAGCGAUCAGAAGCCGAGGGAAGAGAAGAGUGCGCCCUACCGAGAUUCGCGAUAUGAGACACUCCUCGAAACCAAAAGUAGUUUCAUGGGCAAAUCCAGCCUAGAUAUUACUAGUGCAAGCAAAACUCUUACCACGUCUUUGCUCGAGGCGCCUCAAGCUGUUCCUGAGGAUUCGCUAUUCCGAGACGAUAUUUUCGAAUCAACGUGUCAAAAGAUCCAAAAGAGAAACGAGGCCCGCGUCAUCCAGGAUAUUACCCGGCUUAUCGUUCCCUCGGCUGAGAGUCUUGCCACAUUUGGCGCCAAGCACCUUGAUGUAUUGGUCGAGAGUGUCAACGAGGGCUGGAACAACUCGAUCCCGCUGGCUGGGAGUCGUCCUCAACCUGACUACUCUGUGGGCUUUAGACGCGAGGCAUUCACCGAUGACCAGCUCGCCAAGUUAUCACCAUUCCUUGGCGACUUUCUCGCUGGAGACCAGUCCUUCUUUAUGGGCACGUAUUACCUGUACUUCCCCUUCCUGACCUGCGAAGUGAAGUGCGGCGCCGCAGCGCUGGACGUAGCGGACCGGCAGAAUGCCCACAGCAUGACUCUCGCGGUACGGGCGGUCGCCGAGCUUUUUCGUGCUGUGAAGCGCGAGGGCGAAGUCCAUCGGCAGAUCCUUGGCUUCUCUGUCUCUCAUGAUCACAACUCCGUAAGGAUUUACGGUCAUUAUCCGGUCAUAGAUGGGAAGAAUACCAAGUACUACCGCCACCCAAUCCACAAAUUCUACUUUGCCGAGUCAGAUGGCAAGGAGAAAUGGACAGCGUAUCGUUUCACGAAGAACAUCUACGACACGUGGAUGCCGGCUCACUUCAAGGCCAUAUGUUCGGCUAUCGACCAGUUGCCCGAUUUGGACUUCGAUGUUCAGUCCCUUCCUGAAACUGGGCUUUCCCAGAGCUUAGAUAGUCAUCAUUUGUCGCAGCAAGCUGAGCAGGACAUCCAGCCGAGCGAUCCGGGGCAGGAAGAUACUCCGGGUACUUCAUUUACAGAUCCACGUGUUGGUAAGAGGAGGAAGGGCAGGAAGUAG